ACUGAGGGCCGUCUUUUGUAUUGAUCUAGCGUGCGCGAUUCCCGAUCGGAGUGACGUGCAAUUUUUUCCAGGAGACCGCGGAAGGGGAGAGAGCGCGAUAGGAGGGGGGGGUGGUUUCCUUCUUUCCCGGUGUCGCGCCAUGACGGCGAACGAGGACCAGGAGAUGGAGUUAGAAGCAUUACGUUCUAUUUAUGAAGGUGAUGACUGUUUUAGGGAACUUAGUCCCAUUUCCUUUCAAUAUAGGAUAGGUCAAAGUGGAGACCCCAAAGCCUUCCUUAUAGAAAUAUCAUGGCCAGAAACAUACCCACAAACUGCUCCUGUCAUAUCAAUGGAUGCAUUCUUCAACAAUGCCAUAUCCUCAGCCAUAAAACAAAGUAUAUUGGAUAAAUUAAUGGAAGAAGUUGAAGUUAACCUAGGAACCUCAAUGACGUACACAAUAUUUGAAUAUGCUAAAGAUAAUAAAGAACUGUUCAUGGAAAAUCAACCAGUUAAUACUGUGACAGCAUUAAAUAACUGCAUCUCAACUGGUCAUUCUGAGGCAGCACCACCAACUAAGAAAAAGGAGAAAAAGGAACAAUUGUCCAAAACGCAAAAGCGGAAGUUAGCUGACAAAACAGAUCACAAAGGAGAACUUCCUCGAGGAUGGAAUUGGGUUGAUGUAAUCAAGCAUCUGAGCAAAACGGGCUCCAAGGAUGAUGAAUAGGAGGACUUUGAUCCACAUUGUAAUAACAUUGAUUUUCUCCCCCACAAGUUUUAUAAAUAACAGUUCCACACAUGUUUAAAUGUGUUAAAAUGUACCCAUCAAGAACAAUAUUUUUCUGGCUUUAUGAUUUUUGUCCGAUCACGUUUUCCUUUAGAGGAAAUAUGUCAAAGGCAGUGUUGAUGUACUUUGUCAUGACACUGACUGUAACAAUAUGUAAUUUUAAUGUAUAUUGUUAUUCACUAAAUCAUAAAAAUCUUUAGUGGUAAAUGAAAUCAACAUAGCUUAUUUUAGAACAUUUGCUCUAAAAAUUCUAGACCUCUUAAUCUUUAUAUUUGUAUUUGAAUCCCAUGGUUGAUUCUUGUAUAUUUACAGUAUCAUUUCAGAUACUAUUCAUAGCAUUCAGCCUUUAUCAAAAGGCUGAAAAAUGUUAUUGUAGCUGAUGUUAUGAAAAAUGUGCACCAACUUAAAUUACAUAAAAAAAGAAUGUAUAGCCCAAUUCAAGUGGGCAUCCCCUUUGUGCAUAGCAUAUUCAUUAUAUUCUUCAGUGUGAAAUAUAAAACAAAACAAGGCCAUUAGUUACAAAAAACAAUGUGUAGCAACAGUGAUUUCUAUUUUCAUGACAAUUUUGCUACUACUACAUUACAUACUAUUGAUGUUCCAACACUGGUGCAUUCGUUUCGUGGCAAUUAGCUCUUACCAAAGAACGACUAUCCCCAUUAUUUAAUUGGAAAGUAUAUAUCCAGUAUUCUCUAGGUAAUACCAGUCAGUAAAAAGAGAAAUAAUAUUCAUUUGGCAAAGCUGCUAAUAUAUGAAGAAAAUAAACAGUUACUAAAGUGGGGCCUACAGAUAGGAAAGAAGUAAUGAUGUAGAUCUGAACUCAUAAGAUAGAAAUACCCAUUUUUCUGGCUGUUGCUGAACUUCUACAGCCAGUUUCCCUUAUCGCUGGCAAUGUUGUUCUUGACUGCUGGAAGUUAGCAACAUUUAGAGGUCUUACAUUCUCACUAUGAAAUAAGCUCCAUCAUAAACAGUUGAAUUUAUUUCUGUGUAGAUUACACUAUAUGAAGAAUUUCAUACAAUGCAUAUGAUAAAAUAAUUAUUGGCAUUGCUAAUGAAAAUGCCAUUUUUAGUUAUAUUUCUUUUUGCAAAAAAUAAUGGGAUACUGGCUUCAGGUGCUGCCCCCCCCCCUUUAUUUCAAUUUCAAUAUUUUACUUGGAAAAAUGGAUAUUGUCAUUAGUUUUCAGUCAAAUUAAUAGCUAAGAUGAUAUUUAGAUGGAUCAGAUAUCUUGUAUUUGAGGAGUCUGCUUUAGUAGGUCAGUAGUGAUAAAGAAUAAAAUGCCUUAAUACAGUUUUUUUAAUUGUUGGGAGGGAUUAAAUAAAUUUCUAUUUA